UAUUGCAGGUAAAAAAAAAAGUUAGUCCGAAAGGAUUACUUAAAUCUAAGCUAACGUUGCUUGUGUGAAGCAAUUCGCAAAGGACCAUGGGCAUGCGGAUAUUUCUUUAAUUUAAAUGAAAGGAUAUUAGAGGGCGUCAACAAAUUUAUUGACUUUCGACCUUGAAAAGGGAGGCGCGCGAAUAAUACAUCGGCAGCCAGACCUUUCAAUUAAUUGUUUCGGAGAAUCUGGCGAUUACUAAUAUUUUAGAAGGCAACUUCACGAAUCAUGCAGCAAACCAAAAGUACCGAGAUGAUGGUGUCCGACGAAAAGAACAUUACUUUCGGACGUCAAGGACCCUCGAGAGAGAGAAUCAUCACAAUUAUGAUAUUGGUUGUGGCGACGAUUAUUUUCAUCGUUGGAAUCGCUUUGAUUGCAAUUGCAGCGAACGAAAAGGGAAAAGAUGAGGGAACACCUGUUACGAAGGCCGCUUUACACAAAGUAGCGAAAUGUGAUUAUUCAGAGGAAGCGAAGCGAGUGGGACUUGGUGAAUUCCUCGAUAAAGUCAAGUCAACAUAUUAUAGACUCCAUCCCUAUGAAGUUUACGAUGAUCCCGAUGUCAGCUCCGACAGGAUCAAAAAGGAAUUCGUCGCUUAUGAUCCGACGCCCUCUGUGAUGAAAACCCGAACGGAUACUUCCUUGGCUUUGCUAAAGGAAAUCAAAGAUAAAACUAUCAACACACCUGCUUUGAAACCACGAGAAAGAAAAGUUUUGGCCCAAGUCAAGCACUAUCUUCAGCAUGUUUUCGGUAAGCCCUUUGAUGCCAAUUACUACGCAGGAGAUUGGAUGAUGGGACCCAACAAACGCUGCUGGCAGGAAAUUUGCUACAUCGGAAACACAGUCAACAACGGACUGGGGCUUCAUUUCAAACCUAGGAGUGUACCAGAUAUUGAGCUAAUAGAGGAGAAACUAAAGACUUACAACGCUAGCAUUUUGCAGUACAUCGAAAACAUGAAGGUGGGAAUACGUAGAGGAAUGGUUCGAAGUAAAGAAGCAUGCGAGGUUGGAUUCAAAGCUUUGAGAGCCAAAUACAUGAAAGUUUACCUAAACAAUGAAACAGGUAUACUACAAGAAUCGUUCGUUCAACCUCUGUUAGAUGUUGAUUACUAUAGAGGUAUCACAGAAGAGACUGAUGACCAGUGGAAGGCGAACCACAAUGGGAAGAACGUCAGUGUCUCUGUAAAAGGUUACUUGGUGAACUACUUGGGGAAACCGCUAAUUCGAUUGUUGAGAUACGUCAAGGAUGAACAUAUUCGCCACUGCGUCCCAGGUAACGUUUCCAGCGGUUGGGCCACUCUACCACUCAAGCAUAUUUGGGUUGAUGGUAAAGAGAACGCAUCAUCGUCAACAGACCGGCACCUGCCCACUGGUGAACCUCUAAAUGGAUCGCUGGCUUACACCAGCAUCUUGUCGUAUUUCACAACGAACGAUAUGACCCCGACGGAGGUUACAAAGCUCGGGAAAAAGUUGCUCGAUCUCUAUUAUCCAAUGGUUCUAGAAAUUGCAAGGAAAGUAACUGAAAAAACCAAUUACGAUACCGCGAAACAGGAGUUUAAAAAACUGAUAAAUGAUCCAUCUAAGUUUAGAUUCAACACGAAACCAAUCCCUAAGAAUGAAUCGGAUGAACAAGCAGAGGAGAAAUGCAGUAAUAUCGAGGGAGCUAAAGAGCAUUGCCCUACACGCUGGGCUGCCGUGCAGGCAUGGAUGGCUGAAAUAAGAAAGGUCAUAAGUUUACUUGCACCAAAGACUGUAACCAUGUUCCAUUUUACUGGAGAUAAGGCAACCACGCCUAUCUGUCCAAUCGACGUCCAGCCCAACUUUAAUCCAGCCGUGUCAUUCCAGAGCUAUCAUAGCAGCGACUCUAAUUGUUCAAAAAGUGCAAAAUUCAAAAUUCCAUUUUUCUCCUUGUUCCCAACGUACGAAGAAUGGAGUGUCGAUGCUCAUGAAGCCAUGCCAGGGCAUCAUUUGCAGGUACAAGGACACUUGGAGCAUUUCCUUGACAACUGUGGUGGUGCAAUUUCCUGGCUUGAUGGUCUGACCUCUUACACAGGCUUCAAAGAGGGAUGGGCUAUAUACGCUGAGUAUCCGCUGAUUGGGAGAGAUACAGACACAUACGCCGACGAGCCCAUGCAGAAAUAUGGAAUGUUGAAGUGGCUGGUGUGGCGAUCUAUCCGAUUGAUCGUGGAUCCCGGUUUGAACCAUUUUGGUAUGAAAAGAGAUGAGGUCAUCGACUAUUUCAAACACUAUGCCUGGGAUAAUUCUUCUUUCCCCCUGAGUGAGGCUGUCCGGUACGAAAGUAUUCCUGGACAGGCCACUCCUUACAUGGUUGGACAAGGGAAGAUUCUUGAGGCCAGAGAAUAUGCAGAGAAAGAACUGGGAGAUAAAUUCGAUCUGCGAGACUUUCAUUACCAGAUUCUUUCACAAGGAUCUUCACCUCUUGGUUACAUGAUGGAUCACGUGAAAGAUUAUGUGGCCUGUGUCAAAGAUCAGGCCAAAGAAGGUUGUGACGUUAUCAUGAACCCGCCAAAGAAAAGUGAAGCAAAGAAAAUAGCCAAGGCACAAGGUCGCUGGUCAAAGAUGAUUAAGCCUGUCAUAUAUUACAGAUGAGCUAUCGAUGAAUUUUUGUUUUUGUUUGAUGCGAACAUGCUUAAGCUUUCUAAACAAGUCAGUCUUCAUAUUAAGGAACGUUUUGUUCCCAAUUAUUCGAGCUAAUUGGGUAUUGAGUCGGUGGGUAUACAAACUGCUUAAAAACAGCUCAAAGUACAGUAUUCUACGCAAUUAAAUUGUCCUUUGUAAUCGAAAUUGUGGGUUGAAAUCAAUAAACAAACUGAAUUUAAAUGCAAUGUU